CAUCCUGACCAAUCUGGGUGACCAAUCAGUUAAAUUGGUUUAGGAAGAACUUGCCCUAGAUUGGUUGAUGCAUAAUUUUUAUUUUUACUAAUUAUCGGGUUUUUCUCUCUGAUCUCUGCAUUGAAAAUUAUUUCCUAAGCCAUAAAGAUUUGUUGAGGUACCAUUCUAGAAUCCCCAAUAUUUAUUCUAGUUGUUAUAGUAACAGUGGAACCCAAGUUUCUCCUAAAGCAUUACUCAGCUUUCCUUGCCCAGGCAGAAAAGAUGUCAGAGGGAGGGUGAACCCAAGGCCCAUCUGUGGGUAUGGGCUCCAAUUUCCUAAAUUGUCUGUGGUUAUAACCAUGGCUUCCACCUUGUCUGGCACCCGGUCCACAUCUUUUCUGAGAUCUGCUAGAAGGUGAGUAAAGGACAGCAUAGGAAGGCCCAACAGUGGAUUGAGGAGGGUCGGGUUAUCUGGAGGACAGGGCGCAAAACUGGCUUCCCACAGUCCCUUUCAGUAUUGCUGUGAUGAGAUGCCCGGAGGAAGGCUGUCAGAAAGAGCAGAUGUGUGUAGAGGAAGAAAGUUGUGUAGUGGAAGGACAGUGUUGUUUACUCUUAUCUUGAGUGUGAGUAGAGAACUGUAUUAACAAUAGGGCUUUGUGCAAUUGACAGAGUGUGAAAAAGGGAGCCUAUAUUACAUUGGGGCUUGGGACCUGACCUGCCUAUAUCUAGCCAGCCAGAGUGAAUGGGGUCAGUGUUAGCUGCCUUCAUCUAUGCAGUCACAAAGGUAAAGAUGAUACUGGAGAGUAUAUUCCCUCCCAGGAGGCCCUGGCCUCACACCCCUGCCACCUUGGCAAGACCUGCUAAAUAACACCUUUGUCUGAGACAGGGUUAUGCCUCAUCUCCUCUUCUAUGCCCUCAUGACAAGUCUAGGUGGCUUCAGAUCAAGAAGCGAGGCCAUGGAGGCAGACUGUCCCUCUCAGCGGCUCUAAAGUAGGGCCCAGCACACUGCCUUCCAGUCAGAGCCCUAGAGAAUAAGAGAAGCUUGCUGCUGGUGAGGGGGUAUGGCCAGGAUUCCUGGAGUCGGAAGAGCUUCAGCUUCACCAUCUUGGGAGAAGAAGGAAGAAAGUGAAAGUGAUGUGGUCCUUCUUAGUCCCAAGGACCCUGACAGAGGACACGCAGAGGAGCAGCUGGCUCGCCCUGAGUCCUCCAACCUUAACCCAAGCAUGCAGGGCCCACCCCGAAGCCUCCCUGCCGGGCUCAGCCUGGACGACUUCAUCCCUGGCCACCUCCAGUCCCACAUAGGGUCUUCCUCCCGGGGGACACGGGUGCCCGUGAUCCGGAAUGGUGGCUCCAACACCCUUAAUUUCCAGUUCCACGACCCCGCGCCCAGGACUGUGUGCAAUGGCUGCUACACACCAAGACAAGAUGCUUCCCGGCACCCGGACCCCACGUGUUAUCAGACGUGGCCAGGCCCUGGGAGCAAGCCCUCUGCAAACACAAAGAUCCCUGCCUCCCAGCAUGCCCAGAACUGGUCAGCCACGUGGACCAAGGACAGCAAGCGUCGGGACAAGCGCUGGGUCAAGUACGAGGGAAUCGGGCCCGUGGAUGAGAGCGGAAUGCCUAUUGCCCCGAGAUCCAGUGUUGACAGCCCCAGAGACUGGUACCGGAGAAUGUUCCAGCAGAUUCACCGGAAAAUGCCAGACCUGCAGCUGGACUGGACCUUCGAGGAGCCACCCAGAGACCCCAGGCAUCUAGGAGCCCAGCAAAGACCUGCCCACAGGCCCGGCCCGGCAGCAUCUUCCAGUGGAAGAAGCUGGGACCACUCUGAAGAGUUACCUAGAAGCACCUUCAGCUACAGACCUGGAGCGUUCUCCACUGUGCUGCAGCCCCCAAAUCAGGUGCCCAGACGCCGAGAAAAAGGAGACAAUGUCUGGACAGAAGAGUCGUGGAACCAGUUUCUGCAGGAACUAGAGACUGGGCAGAGGCCCAAGAAACCGCUGGUGGACGACCCUGGUGAGAAGCCCUCCCAGCCCAUUGAGGUGCUGCUGGAGAGAGAGCUGGCCAAGCUGAGUGCCGAGCUGGACAAGGACCUACGGGCAAUUGAGACCCGACUGCCGUCCCCCAAGAGCUCGCCUGCGCCCCGGCGGGCCCCGGAGCAGCGGCCCCCGGCCGGCCCGGCCUCAGCCUGGAGCUUCAGCUCUCCGAAUGCACCUUACCUGGGUUCCGCCCGGUCCCUGAGCCCCCGCAGAAUGGCUGAUGGAGGAAGCCCCUUUCUAGGUCGGAGGGACUUUGUCUACCCUUCCUCAACCCGAGACCCUAGUGCCUCUGACGGAGGGAUCAGCCCAGCCAGGAGGGAAGAGAAGAAGAGGAAGGCCGCCAGGCUCAAGUUUGACUUCCAGGCGCAGUCUCCCAAGGAGCUGACUCUGCAGAAGGGUGACAUUGUCUACAUCCACAAGGAGGUGGACAAGAACUGGCUGGAGGGAGAGCACCAUGGCCGCCUAGGCAUCUUCCCUGCUAAUUAUGUGGAGGUGCUGCCUGCAGAUGAGAUCCCCAAGCCCAUCAAGCCCCCGACCUACCAGGUGCUGGAGUAUGGAGAGGCUGUGGCCCAGUACACCUUCAAGGGGGACCUGGAGGUGGAGCUGUCCUUCCGCAAGGGAGAGCACAUCUGCCUGAUCCGCAAAGUGAAUGAGAACUGGUACGAGGGGCGCAUCACGGGCACGGGGCGCCAAGGCAUAUUCCCCGCCAGCUACGUGCAGGUGUCUCGUGAACCCCGGCUCCGGCUCUGUGACGACGGCCCCCAGCUCCCCGCAUCUCCCCGCCUGACUGCUGCCGCCCGUUCAGCCCAUCACCCCAGCUCCCCCUCAGCCCCGCGCAGCCCAGCUGACCCCACCGACUGGGGAGGGCAGACCUCCCCCCGCCGCACUGGCUUCUUCUCCACCCAGGAGCCUAGACCCCAGACCCAGAAUCUUGGCACCCCUGGUCCAGCUCUGUCCCACCCUCGAGGUCCCAGCCAUCCCCUGGACCUGGGGACCUCUUCUCCUAACGCCUCUCAGAUACACUGGACCCCGUACCGGGCGAUGUACCAGUACAGGCCCCAGAACGAAGACGAGCUGGAGCUGCGAGAGGGGGACAGGGUGGAUGUCAUGCAGCAGUGUGACGAUGGCUGGUUUGUGGGUGUCUCCCGGAGGACCCAGAAAUUCGGAACAUUCCCUGGAAAUUACGUUGCCCCGGUGUGAGUGGUCUCCAUGGCAACUUGGAGCCAGCCAGGAUGGGGUGGGGAGCAGUGGCACUCGUGGGAGGGACAUGACCCCCGCCCACAUCCUCCUUCCCCAGGACCUGAGCUCCCGGCAUCUGCAGACGACCCCGACCCCCGCAGCCUUUCCCUCGGACCCCCCUCGAAGCCCCCUGGACUGAUUCCCACCCACGACUCACAGACAUUCCUCCCACAGCCCUUUCAUUUCCUCCCCACCCCACUCCCCAAAUACAGAGGUCCGCUUUGAAGUGGAGACCAUUUCCAGGCCUUAUUGAGACCAGACCCCAAGUCCCCCACCCCCAUCCUGCUCCAGCUUUCCUCUAACAGGGACCAGCGCUCCGCUUUGCCCCCAGGGGGUUCCUCUAACCAGGACCAGCUUCCUAGCCUCCUAGAGACCAAAGGCCGCCCCCGCCUGCUGGGGUUCCUCCCACCCCCCCAGCUUGCCGGCUGCCCACUUUGCCUUCUGGCCUCCAGCUGGGCGUGGGGGGCGGAGCAAGGCGGGGGACAGCAGCACCUUCUUAGCGAUCCAGGCCUGGCAAGAGCUCUGGCCCCAAGGCUACCUCUUCCCAGGGGCUAUCAAGUCCUGGGCCUGGUCCUGGAAUAUCACCCCGCACUGUGGGGCCGGGCACCACUAGCCUGGCUCAAAUGUUCCCCAGGGAGACUGCUGUGUGCUGCCCGCCUGCCUGCUAGCUCUCCCCCAGCCCCACGUCCCCUCUGGAAGAGAAUGUAAAAUAAACCUGGACACAAGGGA